AUGGCAUCCUCGAUUCUCAUCUUCAUUCUAAUAUUCUCCAUCUAUCCUCGCCGCGCGUCGUCCCUUCAAGUUACGCCCAACUCUCCAUGCUCUUCCCUAUGUAUUGACUCAAAUGAUCUCGAUAUCUCCGAUCCCAAUUCCUCAAACACGGCCAACGGUGAUAUCACGUGCUACGACAAGGACUUCAAUGCAACUGCUACCGGACGAAAGUUUCAAAGCUGCAUGACAUGCUUGCAGGACAGUACAUUCUCCCAAGGCCAGGAGACCGACCAAGCUUGGUUCUUAUAUAAUUUGAGAUACACCUUGGACUACUGUAUCUUUGGCUUUCCAAAUGCCACCAACAUUGCAUCAACGCCAUGUUCUACAUCAACGGCCUGCGGCGAGCUUGAGGGAGCUCUCACCGACGAUGACCUGGAUGCGACAAACCUGCAGGCCUAUGGAUACUGUAGCGCAGACGGUGGUGCCUUGACCGACUCGGCUGUCGCUCAGUGCAAAGCCUGUGUAGCCGCUUCGGAUGGACAGGACUACAUGGCCAACUUUCUCGUGGCCCUCGAGGCCGCAUGUCAGCAGAAGCCGGCAGCAGGGACUCUUGUUGGGCUUGAUGGCACCGUAUUCUCGACGACCGAGAUUAGUAUAAAAGACCCAUCAGCAUCAGGCGAUGACUCCGAUAGCCAGAGCGCACUCUCCACCCCGACAAUCGUAGGCAUUGCCAUUGGUGUUGUCGCUGUUCUGCUGGCAGUGGCCGGAUUUCUAUUCGUGCGCCUUCGGAAACGACGUAACCGGAGGGUUCGCCUCGGAGGACCCUCGACGACGAGCUCGGCCAAGCGCGGCAAGCACCGUCCGGCUUCCUCGCUUUCUUUCCGCUGCCAGACUCAUCUGUCCCCUCGGUCUCCAACUUUUUUCUCGGGCCCCUCUGAGACAGCUGGGCAGGACGAGAAGCGAUUCGCCAGUCCCAUACACACCACAAACCCCAACACUUUCGCGUCCGAGACGACGAGCUCGAAGUGGUCAGGCUGGGAACCAAAGCCAGCUGCAGAGUCCGGGCACGGGUCUCGAAGGACUGGACCGAGCUUACCUUUGUAUAAUAUCACAACUGCUGCCCCUACAGUGCCCAGCGGUGUAUACUAUUCAACGUCGCCCAAGUCAAAGAGCUUCUCGCCCAUUGACGAUAUGACGACGCCAGCAAGCACCACUAGCACGAAGAGUACCUCACAACUCUUGCCGUUGAGGCCUUAUAAUCCGGCCGAGUAUGGUAUAUCGGCGCCGCAGAUGGGGACAGUGCCCGAGACAACCUAUCCCAGUCCGAUAUCGGGUUCAACUGCGAGUCCUCUCAUCAGCCGAGCGUGGGACCAGAGGAAUCCUGUCUGGGACUCACCGCUUCCGGCAAGAAGCACGAGCAAAUCUGCCAUUGCCAAGGUCAAUGUGCUGGGUGGAAGCAAGGGGAGGAGGAUGGGCAGCGGUACGGGCAGCCCAAUAGAGUCCAGGGAGAUCAACACCAAAUUUCCGGCGCCACCUUCACCUAAGCGGUUUGGGAGAGAGUGA